UUCAUAGUACAUUCCUAGAAUAGGAAAUUAUUUCACAUUGCUACUAUUAGUUUAGUAUAAUUCUUAAUCUUCUUAACACUUCAUAGGAUCUAGUAUACAAAUAGCUUUUCUUAUCACAUUGCUUAGUCAGAUGAAAUACUACCCCGAACAUAGAGCGUUAAUUCGAUCAUAAUGCUCUUAAAGUCAGAAGUGGGUAAUAUUUCAGCAACCGCCUCACACCUUUGUACCGAGAACUGUGAUUACCAGUCUACGAUUGUAAGUCAACGUUUAUCAUCUUUAUCUCUCCAAUCGUGAAUUCCGAUCGGCCCCAAGCAAGACCCACUGUCGUGGGAGAACCUCCGAAACAACAGUUGCUGGAAUAAUUGGACAUUAGUGGAAUCGGAGCAAACAUGAAGAUCGAAUGGGCACCUCUUCGAGUUCCUCUGGAGCGCCGAAUGCAGAUUCUAGUUACUGCCUUUUUCACCUCCAUGCUCCUGAUAUUAUUAUCUGUUUCGUUUCUGUUAGUAGCUGGUUCGCUGAUUUAUGGAGGUCUACUUCUGCGUAGCUUAAUGCUCAUUUACUUGGCUUAUGUCUAUGUGCAUCACAAGAAUACCCAAUCUGUGGUGGAUGGCAAUGGCUGGAUGAUAACCCGCACCAACCGUUUACAUCGCCACUAUCGCGACUACUUUCCCGUGGAGUUGGUGAAAACUGCCGAACUGCCAGCGAACAAGAACUACAUCUUGGCCAGCUUUCCCCACGGAAUUCUGGGAACGGGCAUAGGAAUUAACAUGGGCGUGGAAAUCUCCAAGUGGCUGGAGCUGUUCCCCCAAGUAAGACCCAAGGUGGGCACUCUCGACCAGCACUUUCACGUGCCCUUUAUGCGAGAGGUCCUGCGUUGCUGGGGCUUGGUGUCCGUAUCCAAGGAGGCCUUGAUCCGCAUGCUCAGCAAGUCGAACGAUCCCAAGCACAAGGAUAAUGGCGAUGGAUUUACAUCAAACGCGGUGGCCAUACUGGUGGGUGGGGCGCAGGAGACAAUGGAUUCCCACCCUGGAGAGUACAUUUUGACACUGAAGAAUAGGAAGGGUUUCGUAAGACUUGCCAUUCGAACGGGUUCAUCGAUUGUACCCUCGUUUUCCUUCGGCGAGGUGGACAUUUUCGAUCAGGUGGCUAAUCCUCCGGACUCCUUACUCCGUCGCGUACAGAAUGUGGUGAAGAAACUUACCGGCGUUUCUCCGCUGAUUCCAGUGGGUCGAGGUUUCUUCAACUACACCUUUGGCUUUCUGCCAUUCCGACGACGCAUUGUCCAAGUUGUUGGCUCUCCCAUUGAUGUUGUGCAGAGCGAUCAGCCCGAUCCAGAGUAUGUGGACAAAGUGCAUGGACAGGUUAUUGAGGCUCUGGAGAAAUUGUUCGAUCAGUGCAAGGACAAAUAUUUACAGAACCCAAAGAGUGCGAAACUGGUGUUUCAGUAAUUAAAAAACUAAUUAGCCAAUAUAAUUAAUAUUAGUUUGAGCUAUACCAACUGCAGUUUUGGUUGAGAAAAAAAUUUUCUCAAGAAUGCAAUA